CACCGCGGUGUCGGAUGUUUCCAUCACUCAAAUUCCACUAAACAAGACAACCAUGCCUCUAAUCGCAUCCAAACCAUCCUUAAUCUCCCUCGUCGCCGCCGUUCUCAUCAUCUUGGUGGCCCCAAUCCCAUCGCUGACCCACGCCGGAAAGCCCCACCUCAUCAAUUUCCGAUCCCCCAACCUCUUCCCCGAAGGCCUCGCCUACGACCCAUCCGCCCAGCACUUCAUUGUCGGCUCCAUCCGCCACCGCACCAUCCACUCUGUCUCCGACGCCGGCGUCGUCGAUACUCUCAUCUCCGACCCCACCCUCCCCGACAACGUCACCGUCCUCGGCCUCGCCGUCGACAAACUCAACAACCGCCUCCUCGCCUGCAUCACUGCGAUGGACCCGCUCCCCCAAUUCCACGCGCUCGCUGCCUACGACCUCCGCACGCGCCAGCGCCUCUUCCUCGCUCCCCUCCCCUCCGACGACGACGGGCCGCGUCCGGUAGCGAACGACGUCGCGGUGGACUUCAAGGGCAACGCCUACGUCACCAACUCGGCCGGCAACUACAUCUGGAAGGUCAACGCCCAAGGGGAGGCUUCCAUCUUCUCCAAGUCACGCGCCUUCACUUCGCAGCGCGUGGACCCCGACUUGCCGUACAGUUACUGCGGCCUGAACGGCGUCGUUUACAACAGCAAGGGAUAUCUCUUGGUGGUGCAAUCGAACACCGGUAAGAUGUUCAAGGUGGACGCCGACGACGGCACGGCGAGGCUGGUGCUGUCCGAGGACUUAAAUUUCGCCGACGGGGUCGCGAUCCGAAGCGACGGCGUCGUUCUGGUGGUGUCCCACAAGACACUGUGGUUCCUGAAGAGCCAGGACAGUUGGGGGGAGGGCGGAAUUUAUGACAAAAUUGCCCUUGAUCCGGAGGGGUUUCCGACUUCGGUGGCGGUCGGGGGGGAGGACAGGGUGUACGUGUUGCGGGGGCACGUGUUGGAGGGUGCGAGGGGAAAUGUGGAGCGGGAGGAGUUUAGUAUUGGGGAGGUGAGGUCGGAGAGGGAGAGCAAGGAAGACGGUGUUUGGAUCUUCGUUUUGAUCGGGUUGGGAUUGGCUUAUUUCUUGUUUUGGAGGUUUCAGAUGAGGCACCUCGUUGGCAACCUGAACAAAAAAACCAAUUAGCCUUUUGGAGGCUUUUUUUGUUUUGUUUUUUGGUUUUUCAUGUUUUUUGUUUUCAUUUUGUAGAUUGCUAUUUUAACACUUGUAAGUUGUUUGCUCGUUUGAUGAAAUAGAAUAAAUUAGUUUUUAUCGUA